CAAGCAGGUAGCUUUAAGACAGUACAAAUUCGCUGCCGAAGCCUAGAUUCUAACGGACUGAUAUAUCAAAAGGUACUGAAGAAAUUUCUCGCUCUCUACUGUUCCGCAGCGGGAGCUACUACCACUGUACUUCCGCUAUUUCAGCAGACCGUAGGAUCUAGGAACAAGCAAGCAUGAUGCAAGAGGUCUUCCAGCGUCUCUUGCUGAUUGUGACCUUGACCUUGUUGGCUCCAAUCUCGCCAGCUGAGCCACAAGAGCGCGGUUUCAAGGUCACCCAGUCCACAGACGGGUCAAGUUUGAAGGUCACGUUCGACGGCCUGACCAUCAUGCACCACGAUAGGGAACAUCCCGCCAUUUCCGUGGGGUCAGGGGUCACGACGUUUAAAGAGACCUACGGAAACUUCUUGAUAACAGACAACAUUCUGGAAAAGGUGGACCUAGUGGACGUGCAAGUUGCACAGAAAGGGAAGAAUAAACAUGUUUUGACUUUUGCAAGAGGAGGAACAUACAAGACGGAAGUGACGUUGUCGUACGAUGAGCAAAAGGGCCUUGACCACGUGAUCACCUUGUCCUCCCUCCCGAAGGGAGUGAACCGGACCUGGGUCCGACUGUACGCCGAGAGGGACGAGCAUGUCUAUGGAGGUGGUGAGCAGUUUUCUCACUUUGACCUGCGGGGCCGGAGUUUCCCGAUGUGGGUGCGGGAGCAGGGUGUGGGGCGGCAGAGGUGGGACUGGGUGACGCACGUGGUGGACCAGGUACACGGGGGAGGCGGCGGGGACUACCACACUACCUACUGGCCGCAGCCUACCGUCGUGUCAUCAAGGCGAUACUUCUGUCAUUUCACCACAACCAACUACAUGGUCAUGGACUUCGGUCACCCGGAUCAUCAUGAGAUCCAGAUCUGGGGGGAUCCCGGUCAGAUCGUCUUAGACAGCGGCCGCGACUUCUUCGACGUGUCCAAGAAGCUGAGCGGCGUUCUGGGGCGGCAGCCGCCGUUACCGGAGUGGGUGUACAGCGGCGCGAUCCUCGGCGUGCAGGGAGGGACGGAGACCGUGUUGGGGCAUCUCCGGCAAGCCGAGCAGAACGGAGUCAAAGUCAGCGCGCUGUGGAUACAGGACUGGGUGGGGAGGUACCACACGUACCUGGGGAAGCGCCUUUACUGGGACUGGGCAUGGGACAAGGCUCACUACCCGGGACUCGACAAAGUCAUCAAGGAGUAUAAGUCGAAAGGCGUGCGGUUUUUAGCAUACAUAAAUCCUCAUGUCAUCACAGAAGGCCCGAUGUUUAAGGAGGCUAACUUAAAAGGAUACUUAGUGAGAAACUCAAGCGGCCAGAGUUACUUGCAGGACUUUGGCGGCUUCUACUGCGGAACUGUCGACCUGACGAACCCGGAGGCGUACGGGUGGUUCAAGGGCGUUUUGAAGAGGAACAUGGUUGACCUUGGGUUUGCCGGGUGGAUGGCAGACUUUGGAGAGUAUCUUGCCACAGACAUGGUGUACCAUAGCGGGGAGCCAGCCGAGACUGUUCAUAACCUGUACCCUGUACUGUGGGCAAGGUUAAACAGGGAAGUGGUUGAAGAGGCGGGAAAACUUGACGAAAUCACCAUCUGGAUGCGGGCAGGCUACUCUGGGAGCGAGAACUACACCCUGCUGGCCUGGGCAGGAGACCAGACCGUCGACGCCCGUAUCCACGACGGCCUCGCUUCGGUCAUCCCUGCCGCCCUCUCAUUGGCUGUUUCGGGUUUCGGACUGCACCACUAUGAUAUAGGAGGGUACAUCACCCUGCCUACGAUUUACAGAACGGAGGAGGUUCUGCUGAGGUACGCGGAGGCGGCUGUGUUCACCCCCGUGAUGAGGACACAUGAGGGCAACAGACCGGACGACAGUUGGCAGGUUUUUAGUUCGACCGACACCUCCCGGCAGUUCGGACGGCUGACCCGACUGUACGUGCACCUGGCCGGCUACACCAGACAGCUGGUGGCGGAGAACAGCAUGACGGGAGUUCCCGUGCAGAGACCGCUGUUCUAUCACUACCCAGCCGACCCACGCGCCUACUCCGAGCAGUAUCAGUACAUGUACGGGCCGGACUUACUGGUGGCCCCAGUGUACCACGAAGAGGUGGACACCUGGGACGUGUACCUGCCAGGUGAGACGGAGACGUGGGUACACCUGUGGACAGGUGUGUCAUACGCAGGUGGACAGGUGGUGAGCGUCAGUGCACCUGUAGGAGAACCGCCUGUCUUCUACCGAGCUGCGUCAACAUGGGUGAACGUCUUCAGAAAAAUCCCAACAGAUUUCCCCCGUCUGCCUGACGUCCCGCCGGCCGGCUCACGCUGGGGUCUCCUGUGGCACCUGCGGGCUGCUGCCGUCCUCCUGGCGGCUGUUCUGGGGUCCUUCCUGGCCUGUUCCUGCGUGCUUUACCGCAGCAGGAAGAGAAAAACAGCAGUGAGUUGUUUCCACUGUUUGUCCUUGCCAUGUCGGUCCUCUUACAGCAUUUUCUUCCACACGGUUUUUCAGUGUUUAGUGUCCAACAUUUUCCCAUCUUUCCUCUCUCUCCUGUCAGGAGCAUGUAGGGUGACUUCAGAAACAUCUCACAAGGGAGGAUGAUUCACAGUCUUGUAUAGGAACUGUCCAGUGGACUCCAUUACAGUUUACUCUUAGUUC